GAGCGCGUGUGAACCCUAGAAACAGGGCACCAAACGAAAUCACACAUUUAUUAAGGUACCAACAUUGAAGACAGACAGUCUGCUCUGUGUGGGCUACAAGCUAACAUCUGCUGCAAACUUUCAGUACUCUCUGCAGGCUAUCCAUAAAGCGAGAUGAAGGGGACCGAGUCGCAGGAGAACUUGGUGCAAGAGAGUGAGUCUGUGCUCCAGACUGAGGAGUCACUUGACAGUCAGCCAGAGUUUUCACUGACUCUGACUGAGAAGCAGUUCCUCACGCACGCAGAGAGGGGUGAUUGCGCUAGUGUCAGAAGUCUACUUGAGAAAUACGAAGGCCAGCCUGAACAGCUGAACAUCAACUGCAUGGACCCCCUGAACAGAACAGCUCUCAUCACAGCCAUUGAAAAUGAGAACCUAGAUCUCAUGAAGAUCUUGCUUGAGUGGAAUAUUGAAGUGAAGGAUGCUCUACUUCAUGCCAUAAAGGAAGAAUAUGUGGAAGGUGUAGAGGUGCUCUUGGCAUGGGAGGAGCUCAAGCACAAACCAGGUCAACCAUAUAGUUGGGAGUCUCUGGACUGUGCCUCGUCCACUUUCACGCCAGACAUCACACCUCUGAUCCUUGCAGCACACACAAACAAUUAUGAGAUCCUCAAGAUUCUGCUGGACCGUGGUGCCACAUUGCCCAUGCCACAUGACGUAAGAUGUGCAUGUGAUGAAUGUGUACUAUCAAAUGAAAUGGACUCGCUGAGGCACUCUCAAUCAAGAAUCAAUGCUUACCGUGCACUCACGUCUCCUUCGUUAAUAUCACUGUCAUCUAGAGAUCCUUUACUGACAGCUUUUGAAUUAUCAUGGGAGUUAAGAAAACUCAGCCGAGUGGAAAAUCAAUUCAGUGAUGAAUAUAACGCCAUGCGGUCACAGUGCCAAGAGUUUGCGACUGCACUUCUAGAUCACAUUCGUACUUCUCUCGAGCUCGAAGUAGUGCUAAACCAUGAUCCUGACGGAGAAUACUGGGAACCUGGGGAGAGACAGACUUUGGAAAGACUGAAACUGGCCAUCAAAUACAAACAAAAGCAAUUUGUAGCUCAUCCCAAUGUACAACAGCUAUUGGCUGCCAUCUGGUAUGAAGGAUUACCAGGUUUUCGCCGUAAGAGCAUAGCAAGCCAACUUUUAGAAGUGGCAAAACUUGGUGCAAUGUUUCCUGUAUACAGCACCAUUUAUAUGCUAGCACCUACAUCUAAAAUGGGCAUGUUCAUGAAGAAGCCGUUUGUCAAAUUCAUCUGUCAUUCAUCAUCGUAUGCCUUCUUCCUCAUGUUGCUGAGUCUUGCAUCUCAGAGAGUGGAGUUCCUCGUCAUAGAAUGGUUUGGAACACCCUGGAUGAAGUCAGUCCUUGAAGACUGGAAGCGAAAAGAGCGGGGCUCACUUCCAGGGCCCAUUGAAUACUGCAUUAUCUUCUAUGUCAUAAGUUUGAUAUGGAGCGAAGUACGAUCUUUGUGGACUGAUGGUCUUCUUGAAUAUAUCAGUGACCUGUGGAACAUAGUCGACUUCAUCACAAAUGCCUUCUAUUUGAUAUGGAUCAGCCUGCGGUUUGCAUCAUGGUACAUUGUACAGACAGAGUAUCUGCAAGGAAGAAAUCCCUGGUACCCCCGGGAGCAAUGGGACCCUUAUGAUCCGAUGUUACUCUCAGAAGGUGCCUUUGCAGCAGGAAUGAUUUUCAGUUACAUGAAGCUGGUGCACAUAUUCAGUGUGAAUCCUCACCUGGGACCUCUCCAGAUCUCGCUUGGUCGAAUGAUUAUUGAUAUUCUUAAGUUUUUCUUCAUCUACUCCUUAGUUCUCUUUGCAUUUGGCUGUGGGAUGAAUCAGUUGCUUUGGUACUACGCAGACCUCGAGAAAAGAAAGUGUUAUCACAGACCAGAUGGACUGGCAGACUUUGAUAACGAAGACAAAGCUUGCUCUAUUUGGAGACGGUUUGCAAACUUGUUUGAGACAUCACAGUCACUAUUCUGGGCCGGUUUUGGGUUGGUGGACCUCAUGGCAUUUGAGCUGAAAGGCAUUAAGAGCUUCACAAGAUUCUGGGCUUUGCUAAUGUUUGGUUCCUACUCAGUGAUCAACAUUAUCGUGCUACUAAACAUGCUUAUUGCUAUGAUGUCCAACUCCUACCAGAUCAUCUCAGAACGUUCAGACACAGAAUGGAAAUUUGCACGCAGCCGUUUGUGGAUGAGUUAUUUUGAGGAAGGUGACACUGUUCCGCCUCCUUUCAACUUAAUUCCUACAACAAAAUGUUUGACCAAAUAUUUGGGCUCCAGAAAAGGCAAAAAAGGAUCUGGAUCUGUUAUGAGGAAGUCACGCAAGAGAGCAGUAGCAAGACAUGAAGCAGUGAUGCAUAUCCUCGUCAGGCGCUAUGUCACAGGAGAGACAAGGAAAAGGGAUGAGUCGGGUAUCACAGAAGAUGAUGUGAUGGAAAUCAGACAAGACAUCUCUACCCUGAGAUAUGAACUCAUUGAUAUUUUGAAAAAUAACGGUAUGAACACACCCAAACUGGAUCAGUAUGACGUUCAAGUUCCAGGAAAGAAGAAUCGCAUAAUGGAACGUCGCCUGCAGAAAGGAUUCCAGAUCGGUUUUGUAGAACGAAUUUUAACUGAAGUAAUUGAAGAUAAUAAGGAACCACGAGAUGUAUUCAGUAAAAUUGCCCAAGCCAUACACCACCAUGGAAGUUCUCAAAGUAAAAAGAAAGACUGGAAUGCCAUGGUACGCCGCAACACAAUAGUGAGAGACCCAAUUGGCAGUUCCAGUGUGGCAGAUUUGCAAAAAUCGCGCCAGAGUAUGAAGCAACAAAUUGUUAGAAACAACAUGACAGCCCUGCUCUCCAUGGACGCAGAGAAACUUGUUGAAUAUAACCCAAAACUCUCAGAAGUCACACCUGCAACUAGAGUAGCAUAUGCUAAAUUCAAGGCAGCCAAUCUAGCACAUAAACGUGAUGACAUAGAUAAUAUAGCUGAAGAAAAUGUAAUAGAAAACAGUAACAACCUUUCAGUUUCUGAUGAAAUGUCUCAAACUAAAGAAAGCUAUGACUGUCAUCCAGAAAACAAAAUUUCUCAGACAGACAUGAUAAAACCUGCUUCUAUCGCAGGGCCAUCUUGUAUUGAUGUAUCUGCCUCAUGUUCAACUGCCGUUCAUGAUGAACUGCCCCCAGGAGACUUGUCAACAUGCACUGAAACAAAGCCAGAUGAAACAGCAAACUCAUCAGUUCAUGAUGAAGCUUCAACGAUUCCAACAUUCAACACAUCUUUCUCAUCAGUCAGAAAGGACUUCAGAACAACAACUCCAAUUCAAGAAGAGGAUGAGGAAAAAAAUGCAGAAUAUUCAGAAGAAGCAGAAGCCAACUGCGAUAUGGACAUAAACAGAGGGACUUUAGAACCAAAUACUACAGAAACUAUGUCAUUGCAGAAGCCACCGAUGAAGACAGGUGGAAAGUCUAAGCUAAGUGGAGAAGUCAUUACUGGCUGGCUGUAGUGCAGAAGCACACAUAUCAUGAAAACGAGUUGAUUAUCAUAUGUAUAUCACUCUCAUGUACAUGAUAUGUUAGCAGGUGUUUCAACUCCCACAUUCAGACAGACUGGUUGUUGUUAUACUGAAAGAUCUGUUAUUUCUUAUUCUUUUAU